CGGAACUAGAUGACGUUUCCUCAUUUCCGCCCGGUGACUGUGACGGGUGCACCCUGCCUGGUCUGUUUGUUUUCUGCUGCUGCUGGGGUUAGAGGAGAGCGUGAGCUCUGGAGUCGCAGAGCAUGAACGCGGCGGCGUGUAACACCCUGCUCCAUGUUUGCAGGCAGGGCAGCAGGAGCUGCCCCCCUUGGAUAUGGAGACGUGAGAGUCAUUGGCAAACCUCCCUGCUAGGCCUGCGCUCAGCUCUUCCCAUGAGGGCAGAACCUAAAAAGAAAAAAAAGGUGGAUCCCAAACGGGAACAAAUAGUAAAAGAACGCAUGAAGAAGAAACUUAAGAAGUUGGAACGUAUUGCACCUGAACUUAUUCCCAUUGAUGACUUUACACCAUCUGCAAAACUAAUGGAUGAAAACAGAAUUAGGGAACCUGUUCAGCUCUCCGGAGAAGAAAAAGAAAGGCGAGCGCUGAUAAUUAAAAAGUGGGCAUUCAGCAAGCAGCAGGAGCAUGAAAUAGAGCGGAGGAAUAUCGCGUGCCUCCUGGAAUCUCAGAGGAAAGCACUGAAUGAGUUACGCCUCGAGUCAGAGGAGCUCUAUGAUGCAGCUGUACGUUGUGACCCAGGAGUGUUUCCUCUGGAAAGUUGUGGACCAUGUAACAGCCCCCCGAUACCUAAAUACAAUCCUCCUGACGGGAAGUAUAAUGACAUUACCAAAGUGUACACACAACAGUGAGGUACACGCGCUGCCUUCUGAUUCCAACGUUCUUUGUUGAGCUGGAAGUUAUAUACUGAUGGUGGAGCAACAUUGUUUCAUUACAAAACUUCAUACUGGGUUCUUGUGCUGGGUAGAAAUUAAAUGUUAGUUAGAAAAAUAAAGGCUAAAAUGCAGAACUCCAUUCAAGCUGAUAAACAAAGCCUCUGUUCCACCCAUCAGUGUUAGUAGAGCCUCUCAUUGUCAACUUUCAGGUGAUAAAGGGACAAUAAAAAUUGAUUAUUCUUUUUAGGAAUUUCACUGUAAAGUGAUCUAUUAUUACAAAUCUAAUUGUGUGAAAUAGACCCAAAGGUGUGUGUGUGUUUUUUUUUUUUUCUUUUAUAGUUUGGGAAAGCAAUGUCAUCCAGUUCUCUGUGUACACGUGGCCGCCGCCGACCCACUUCAUCUGCUCAGGGUGUUUAUGGGUAGAAUGACAAACAAGCUCUUCAACUGUAGGGAACAUUAAAUAACUCUGAUUUGACAAUGUUUGCCACAUCUAUAAAGGCUGGUUUAGUUUUGUAUAAAAAAUAAAAAAAAUAAAACUUUUUUUUUCUCUCUCA